AAAAAAAACAUAGAAUCAUUACUGUUAGCUGGGAUUUCAACGUUACUGUUAAGCCCACCACAGAUUUCAACUUCUCAUUUCAAAUUCAACCUGAUGUGUUUUCUAUGUCCUCCUUCCUUCAAUACUGACCGGCCAAUGUUUUAUUUUAAGUAAAAGAAGUUGUUAAUAUUUCUUGCAUCAUCCAAAAACACAGUGGAGUAGUUAGAGUUCAUGCAAGUUCCAUUGCAUAACCUAAUCAAGUCAAAGCGAAGAAGCAGAAACUUAAUCUUUUAUUAACAGUUCUUGUUUAGAUCGAAAACCAAUAUGUCGUCGAUCGUCGGAAACAAUAACGGCAGCAUGGGUACUCCAUUUUUCCAUGAAUUCAAGAAACAAGCUUCAUUUUUUCUGAAAGAGAAGAUCAAGACUGCAAGAUUAGCUCUUACUGAUGUCACUCCAGCUGAACUAUUGACUGAAGAAGUUACUAAUGGAAAUCCAUGGGGUCCUGAUACAAAAACUAUGGGUUUGAUAUCAAGAGCAGCUUUUGAAGUUGAUGAUUAUUGGAGAAUUGUUGAGAUUCUUCACAAAAAAUUGAUCAGAUUUGAUAGGAAGAACUGGAGGGUUUCUUACAAAACUUUGGUGUUGCUUGAACAUCUUCUUACUCAUGGACCAGAGAGUAUUGCAGAAGAGUUGAAGUGUGAUAUGAAGGUUAUUCAAGAUAUGAGGAAUUUCCAGUAUAUUGAUGCAAGAGGGUUUAAUUGGGGGCUUACAAUGAAGAAUAAAUCUGAGAGGAUAUUGAAGUUGCUGGAGAAAGGACCACUACUGAAAGAAGAACGGAAUCGGGCGCGUAAGGUAACUCGUGGGAUUAAAGGGUUUGGAAGCUUUAUUCAGAAGACUUCUGCGACUGAUGAAAAUCGAGCACCUGUUGGAGCCUUUGGGAGGUGUAAUUCUGAGUUUGUCAAUCACGGAGAAGAUUGUGAGAAUCAGUUCUCUGUUGACGAAGGUGCAACUGAGGGGACAAAAAACACACAGCAAAAUGAGUUCCGCAGUUCAUUCCCUGAGAUGACAAACAAUGCAUUGAAUUCUCUUGACGUUUCUUCUAAUGAAGAUUCGCUAUCCAGGAAGUCUGAAAUGAGAAAAAGCUCCAAAGAGAAUAUUAUGCCCAGGGAAGAAACUUCAAGGAUUGACAGGACAAGAGAAUCUAAACGUCUUCUAGGGUGUCAAAAAUAUGAGCCAGGGAAUGCAUUUUUUAUCAUAGAUGAAGAAGGUCAUCCAUUCAACAAUGAUGAAAACCAAAGCACCACAUCACUACUUUCUGCAAGCGGUGGAAUCUAACAAGGAUGCUAAGAGAUGAAAAGUUUAGACUUAGUAAGACAGACAUCUUGCCUGCAGAUUACUUUGCUAGUGCAUGUAAAUUUAGACAUGGGUCUUUCCUUGUUCUCGUGUUGUGUGGUGUAUCUUCCUAAGUUUGUAGCAUCACUAAAGCAAUAUGGAAGUUUGUGUUUGUUCUUCUGCAUAGAUU